GAGAAAGAAGAGCGCUACACCUCUCUCACCACUUCCAACAUUCCAUUCUAGAUAUAUCAUCAUGUUUCAUCACAGUCAAGGAUCUGGUCCGGAUCCAUCUCAAAAGAGACAUACUCGAGGAGACCCUAUCGCUCAGAUAAAACAUAGACAGGAACUGCGGGAAAAAAACCAAGCAGCAAGGAAUUCCAUCGCGCCUAAAAUCGCCGACAAGAAGCCCAAACAAACUCCAGCAGCGAGCAAUUCCACCACAACUGGAAACGUGGCCGAGGAGCCCCAACCAAUAGACCCUUGGAAAUAUUUGCAAGGAAAGAUAGACAAACUAGAAAUCGAUAUUAAAAAUGAUGAAGAAAAGGAGAGAAAGAGGAGAGAGGAGGAACGGAACAAGAUAGAGAAGCCAGAGAAGAAGCCAGAGGAGAAGCCAGAGAAGAAGCCAGAGGAGAAGCCAGAGAAGAAGCUAGAGAAGAAGCCAGAGAAGAAGUCAGGGAAGAAGCCAGGGAAGAAGUCAGGGAAGACACGGAAGAGGAGAGGGAAGGCGUAGAAGAAGAGUUAGAAAGCAUAGAAGAAGAGAGAGGAAGGAGACAAGCGUUGAGAGAUCUACUAGACAAAGUUUUGGCUAAUACCGAUACGAAACUGGACAGGGGGGGAAGAGGACGAAAUGGAAGUUCAAGCAGCGGUGUUCUUAGUGCAAAUAAGAAGAAAAAGCCUAUGGAGAAGUAGAGCUAUACAGGUAAGUAAGAAUCUUCGCGUAGGAGCAUGAAUUCUGGAGUCAGGAGUUUUGGAGAUAGGAUUCUGUUUCUUGAAUCUGGGACCUGGGAUAAAACUAAAACAUAUGCA